UGGAGUUUACCGAUGUCGCCGUCGGCAAAUUUCGCGAAUUCGUGUUGACGAACGUGCACUGCACGUAGCUGUCAAGAGGAGUCUGGUUUCACACUCAUCGCAAGCUUCAACUCCCCGUUUGAGAGGUCAAAGGUCAGCGACCAAGGACAUGAUGGCGUCCGUCGAUUCGACCUUGAACUCAGACCAGGUAAACAACCUUCGGGAAUCUGUGAUGGACCUGAUGGCAGGUGUCAAUCACCAGUUGGAAGAGAUCGCCAAGCUGAAGAUAGAGUUGGAAACAGACGAAACCGUCAGUACAAGUGAGACAGAUAUGGCACUAUUGUCGUCUUGGGCUAACCGAGGUAAGAAUGGUACAACUGAACCGACGACAAAGCUUGCGCAGUCAAGCGGAGAGGAGUCAGCAACAAAGGCAGAUCGACCUUUGACCUUAUCUGGCACCGAUCCUGCAUCUGGGAAAGAGCAGCUGCUUCGUGACUUACACAUGAAUGAUUCCAGUGAGACAGAAAAGUCUUCUGGUCUGGAAGAACGCCAAAAUUCGUCUGAGACAGCGCCAGAAAACCCCACCAAGAUCGAUCCCCAAGGUGAAGAUGCAGUCGACCCUUUGGAGACGUUGGAACGCUUCGCAGAUCAGCUGGAGACAUUGUUCGAGAGGUCGAAGAUCAAAAUUGAAACACUCCUCAAGGAAAAAGAAAAGGAAAAAGCAGAGAGAAGGUCUGCCAUGAAAAGCCAUCUGGAGAAUAACAUGUACCGCCUCGAUAGAUUCUGAGAGGAUAUUUGAUGCUCUUAAAGGCUUGUUUCAAG